CGGCUGCGAGCUGAUUCCUACAACACCGGGCUGCGAGGCGUGUGCUGCCCCAAGAACCAUCAAAACACCGUCUAUUUUUCCCCCGUAGCAAUGGAAAUAAAGGCAAAGCAACUACGCUAACUACAGUGAACGGUAGAAAAAGACCAGAACUUUGAUUAUCUCCAGGUGUGACCGCCGGACGAGCCAGGAUAAGAGUGCAUUAAUACCGAAAUAAUAGCUCCCAGCCCUCCCCAGCCGGUGGCAAGAUGGACGAGCUCGGGGUGGAGGUUCUCGGGCCUCAUGGGGCUUACUACAAGGCAUCAGUUGUUGACGUGGUUGGAGAUGAGGUCGUGGUGCGCUAUGAGGGAGAAUGGUGCGCAGAAACUCGUGUGGCCAUGACCGGAGUGCGACUACCCCCUGCGGCGGGACCCACACCUGUUGAGUACCCUGAGGGAGCUGAAGUAGAGGUCUAUGACAAGCUCAUGGGUGCACCCCAUUCUGCCUACUGGAAAGCAACUAUACGGAUGUCCAAAGGUGACUUCCAUGUAGUAGAACUAGUUGGUGUCUCAAUGCCAAGUGGUGAAAAUAUUUUUCCCUCCGAGAAGUUGCGACCAAGAAAUACCAAUCCUCCUGUUACAGCGAAAACUUUUGUAAGAGUAGAAAUAGAAGUUCCAGAGGACAUAAGAGACUAUGCUCGGAUGGAAAGUGUUCACAAACCCUUCAAAAAAGCAUGUAGUGCAACUAGUUGUGUGUACAAUCCUGAAACCCACAGUCUGGUAUUAUUAUCAAGAAAUGACCAGUGUCUGAAGCUGGCUCAAAUGUUAUCUGACAUGCACUUCCGAAACCUCAAGCAAAAAGUGGUCUUACUCUAUCGGACAGAAGAAGCAGCAAAGCAACUUGAAUCCACUAAGCUCCAGUCCACUGCUGGAUAUGUUGAGGAGUUCAGUGUUCGGGAAGACCUCAUGGGGCUAGCAAUUGGUGCGCAUGGGGCAAACAUUCAACAAGCUCGUAAAGUGGAAGGAGUCACUAAUAUUGAAUUAGAAGAAAAUUCUUGUGUUUUCAAGAUAUAUGGUGAGUCUGAGGAGGCAGUGAAGAAGGCCAGGUCCAUGUUAGAAUACAGCGAAGAGUCUGUACAAGUGCCACGAAUUCUUGUAGGGAAAGUUAUUGGGAAAAAUGGACGUGUGAUACAAGAAAUGGUAGAUAAAUCUGGUGUAGUCAGGGUGAAGAUUGAGGGAGACAAUGAGCCAGAGCCCACAACACCCCGAGCUGAAGGCCAAGUUCCCUUCGUCUUUGUUGGAACUGUUGAAGCUAUUGCCAAUGCUUCCAUUCUACUUGAAUACCAUUUAGCUCAUCUAAAAGAAGUUGAACAGUUACGACAAGAAAAGCUUGAAAUUGACCAGAAACUAAGAAACAUGCACACAACUAACAGCAUAGGAAGUAGUCAGGGUUACCCAAUGAGGAGAAAUGAUCGUGGGUACAGCAGUGACAUGGAAAUGGGAGGACGUGGCCGAGGACGUGGAGGACCUCGAGGUGGCCGUGGCAGAGGUGGCGGCAGGGGCAGUGACCGCUACAGUAACGACCGAUCUGGAACUGGACGGUGGUCUCGUCAAGCUACUCCAGAUUGGGAUGAGGGUGAUGCCUCGUUGCCACCCAGAACUGCACGUCGACACAAUGAUGAACGGAGACGUGUUGCAGAUGAAGAGGAGACUGUCUUUGAUGCUGCUGAGACUGGAAGUGUUGGAAGCAUUGACAGAGACUCAGUUACAAGUGAAGGGCGAAGACGCAGACGCCGACACCGGAAGAUGCGACGUCGAGGCGGUGGUGUCAGUGGUGGAGUUGGUGGUGGUGAAGGCGGGGAGGGAGAGGGCUGGGCCACCUCUGCUGAUGAAGGCUGGGCCACAUCUGCUAAUGAAAAUGUAGGUGGUGAGGAGAAUUGGAAUGCAGCCAGUGAAAACUGGGACACUCAGUCAGCCACAGGACGACUUUCUCAGGAGCGCCCUUCAGGCUCUGAUUCUCUCAACCGUCGGGGAAAAGGCAGAGGCUACUCAGAUGGACCUCCAAGCAGGGAAGGAACACUUCCUCGCAGACGGCCUCCCCGUCAUGAGGGAACCCCAGCACGCCAGUCUCCUGGGAGACGCCCUCCUCCACAGCCCAAGAGGCCUAAUGCCCCAGCUGUGAAUGGAAACUAAAUCAUGCAUACAGUGGCCCUUCUCUUGAACACAUGGUUACUAUAUGAGGCUGAAGAGACAUAUCUUGUCCUCCCCUGUUUCCUGCAAUAAUAUACAGAGGCUGAACUAGCCAUGGUAAAAUAUGUUGAGAAGGGCCUUUUCUAAAUGUGUUGAUGAAGACACAUAAGACCUGAAUUCUUGGCCUUUUUAUCAAUUUCAUUAAUGCAAUAUACUGAAGUUGACUCAUACUUUGAAUUCAUGAUGUAAUAGGAACACAGCCAUCUCAGAUAUGGCAAAAAGAAACAGACUUUCAGAUAAAAGCUGUAGCAAGUGAGAAAAGCAAAAAAAUAAUUAACCCAAUUUAGAUAUUUUGGCUUAAAGUAGAACCUUAGGUUUAAGAAUCAUAGGGUUUGGAAACACAAAAUUGUUUUUAAAUAUACAGAUUGGUAUAGUAUUUACCAAAAUGAGUAAUGCAAUACUGGCUGGAUGCAUUUCUGUUAACACUGUGACUAACACAAAAGAUGUUUGUUUGAAUUUGGAAGAUGUUACAUGUUUGCCAAAACCAUGCUGCAUUUUCAAACAAAAAUGUGUUACCAUUGAAUAAUAUAUUUGUGUAGUAUGUUAAUGUUAUCUGCAGUUUAAAUAUUUAUAUAUUGGUUAAUUAUUGAUUUACAUUGAAAAUAUCUAUAACUAAAAAAAUUGUAGCAUUCAUACUUUAAAACCAAUUCCCAUUACUCUCAAGAUGAACCACUUAAGGUUUGAGGUAUUAUAUGGCAUCCUUGCUAGGCUCUGACAGGAUUAGAGUGGUGUAUACUUUUGGCUAAUUUUUAUCCUUAGGUUUCAUUGCUUUCCUUUAGUUUUCAGCUGCAUUUGCCUGAAGUUAAAACUGCAUGCAAAUACUAAAUAUGAAAUUAGGUUAACAUUUUGAAUCAGUUUCUCUGAUGGGACUGGGUGUGGGUAGUUCUUGCACAUGGCAUGACUUCUUUUAAAAAUCACACCAGGCAAUGACAGUAAUUAAGGUGCAGUUAACUUCAAGAGGAUAUUUACCCUUGCCUUGAGAAGAAUGAAGGUCGUUGCUACUCCUAAUUUUGGUGACUGUGGCUACAGAUUUAUUCAGUCUUUUAAGGAUUAAAGUUUUAAAUCUUUUUUCAGCAUUGGAUACAUAACUAUUCAUAUAAUUGUUGAGAUGUCAGAACAAAGGAAAAUUCUAUUGGACUUGGUUAUUUCUUGGAUUAACUCAGUUGUUUAAAUCUUUUACUGUAGCAGGCAGUAUUGUGAGUGUCACCAUUUUGUCUCCCAUAAAUGAUAAUAUUCUGGUAAAAUUAAAUGCAUUGAACUGCUUCAUUUUACCAUUUUCUUCUGCUAUUUUUGCAUUUAAAACAAAAGUUAUGUCCUUGCAAGCUGUGGAGUUCAUACUCUGUGAUAAGUACAGAUUGUUGAUUUUCGUUGUCCGAUCAGCUUGGUGAAUAUUGCUGCGAGUUACAUUUCAUUCUUUUAUUGACAGUUAUUGCAAAUACACAUAGCUACCUAUUGAUUUAAGACAUUCAGUAUUUCUAAGAUACACAAAGAAUUUUUUUCAUCUCUGGAAAGUAAAUUAUAUUUCCUCUCUUAGAAAUAUGAUUCUUUUACAUGUGUAUACUUAUACACAAAAACUGGCUACACUAAGGGUAUGUCUGUUUUUAUACACUUGUAAUUAUAUAUAUAUAUAUAUAUAUAUAUAUAUAUAUAUAUAUAUAUAUAUAUAUAUAUAUAUAUAUAUAUAUAUAUAUAUAUAUAUAUAUAUAUAUAUAUAUAUAUAUAUAUAUAUAUAUAUAUAUAUAUAUAUAAAACAAAGGUAGUAGAUAAGAUAAACACAGUACAACCAUGCUGUAUGUGAAGCUAAAUAUUGACAAGACAUUAGAGGUACAUGAAAAGAUGAAAGAAAUGUGACACGCAUGCACUAUUCACUACGAAAACAGAACUGUGAUAGUUAUCAGCCUAUAUCAUGCAGUCUGUGAGGUUUACAUGAAAAACGCAUAUCGAUGGAACAUGGUUCGAGGAUACUCACCAUGAAGAGACAUUUGUGCUGGAAAGUGUAGUGCAAAUGAUGCUGCUACUACAUGGCUGAUUCUCAUGAUUCCAUAGUGAUGUGCACCGUGUAUACUAUAGUCUAGUAUAUCUGUCCUCACAACAGGAGUCAAACUGCAGAAGUACUAUCAGCCAUCUCCUAACCAAAAGCAACCAAGUUACACCAUAAUUGACCCAAACUGUGGGUGAAUCCUUUUUUCUGAUGAAACAGAUUUAAAGGUAUAGAAAAGGGAAGCACUGGGGGCCAUUAACAGAUUGGCAGUUAGUACAUUUAGUUGGUCUACACAAAUAUUUUUUUGCACCCAUAUAUUAUUUUACUUUUUGUGAAGCCUUUCUCCACCCAUGACUUACUCUAGUUGAAGUAAAUGAGUUGUAUGAGUAUGUCAUCACCAACUCCCCAUUUCUUACCAGAGCAGGGUGGAAGGAUGCAAGUACUAAGCCUGAAAAUGAAACAGUGCCUUUUGUAUCUUGCUACUGUUCAUGAGACUUUUCUUGGUUUCCAUUCAGAUUUUUACAGUUCUACAUUUCAACAAUAUUAAUACCAAUAUGCAGGUAUGUGCACCCCCACACACACAAAAAAAGAAUUAACAGCUUUUGAAGGCCUAGUGUCCCCUUCUUUACCACUUCAUGAUUACACAUUGUUUUAUGUGUUGUACACUUCUCAACUGAUCCAAUCAUAUUGUGGAAUGUAAUUCAAGGAAGCAACCCUGUGAUAUGUGUCAUCCAGGGUUGUACUCGCCAGCAAGAAAUGGAUCAAGACAUCUCAAGCACAGACUCAAACUCUUGUUAUGACAAUCUGCUGUCUGAGGAGGCGCCGCCGAGAGCAAGUGUGUGUGUGUGUCGGUGACCUCAGACGGAUCUCUCUACAUGGGCCACAUGGCUUGUUUAGCUACACCCUCUUUGUAUUUGCUGCCUUGAAAAUUAAAUACAGCAUUUAA